GGCAUUGCGACGCCGGCCAUCGCGGUCCGCGACCACCUGCCGCCGCACCAUGGUUUGCGAUGACGGCUUACACGCUUCAUCACCUCACCUUCGUCGAAAGUCUUUACGCCGACUCGCAUCCACGCGUGGUUUCAAACCUCGAAUAGCCUGCGAUUCAGGCUGGAUAAGGGUAUUUGAUGGACUAGAGCCCUUCUCGGUUGAUGCAGCCAGUAAGUUAGUCAAGGUUUCACACAACACCACCGUUGAAGAUUUAAACAAAACGCUAGGUUUUGGAGAAGAGUUGACAUUAUGGAUGCAAAUAGGCGGAGAAAAGUCUAGGCGAAUGGAACUAGAUGAAUUUCCUUUGCGAAUUCAAGAGCAAUUUUUGGCUACAUAUGGUUGGAAGUCUGAAGCGCGUCGUUUGCGUUUGGCAGUAGACCCUGAACUGCGACAUUCUCUGCGAUGGUGUACUGGACCGACUACGCGUUUCGGGGGUGCUUUGCGAUCCGGAACUCUUUACGUGCUGAAGGGACAUGUAUUCCCACAAUGGAAACCACGACCAGCUCACAUAAUUGGUUCAUGUUUGCAUACUUACGGUACGUCAUGGGAAAUGCUAGAGCUAAGUGGAGGUGCUAUCGAAUUUUGUAACCCCAAGUCCCAGAGGUUGGUGAUAUGCGUGAAGCCUCGUUGUCAAGGAAACAGUAUUCCGAAUGAUGGAGGAAUGAAUCAUCUCUUCUUGGGUUUCAAUAAUGUGUGGGAGAGAAAUAUGUGGUUCUGCUGGUUAAAAGAGGCUAUUCAAAGUACACAACCCCCAAAUGUGCUGGAUCUUAGCGGUUGCGGGCGCGCUUCUCUCAGCGCCGCCCUAGCUCAGCACGCAGUUGGUGCAUUUACGGUGCGGGUGUUACGCAUCCGCCAGAAUACACUUUCUGUGCUGCCCCCGCAAGUGUGGAACUUGCACUCACUAACACAUCUCGAUAUCACCGACAACAGAAUAAGAGAACUACCUGAAGAAAUAUGCCAAUUAACACAGUUGGAGGAGCUGUAUGUGAGUGAGAACGAGUUGAUAUCACUUGAUUGCAUCUUAAGACUGCCGCGACUAAGGACCCUAGUUGCUAACCACAAUUUGAUUACCACUUUUGGAUCUGGUGACCUACAAAUGGGCCUUGAGGAAGAAAAUAAGACUGAAUACCGCGCACCACUCACUAGCGUAGACCUUCGCCAUAACAAAUUGAAAGGAAGCAUUAUACUUGGUAAUUAUGAACACCUGGUGUCCCUGGAUGUGUCACACAAUGCCGUGGAAGUACUGGUGGUAUCAGCGUUGCGAGGGCUCCGAGAGCUGUACGCGGCACACAACUCCCUUCAGCACUUAGCACUUCAUGGUGCUUCACUACGUAUAUUGCGAGCACCCCAUAACCAAAUAGAAACACUGACAAGUACAGUUCCGCCUAUAAAUUUAAUAGAAAUUGAUGUUUCUCAUAAUAAACUGACUUCACUACCACAUUGGCUGAGUGGUUGCUCUGAUCUGACAACACUUUAUGCCAGCAAUAACCAGCUAACAUCGCUACCAGAACACUUAUUCUGUAGUGAACUCUCUAGUCUCAGUAAACUGCAUCUGGCUCAUAAUAAAAUAUCCAACAUUCCAUCAAUGCCGAGAUUAAGAGCUCCAUUAAAAGAACUAUUACUACAUGAUAACUGUAUACAGGCAUUACCUGAAAACUUUUUUUCUGUUUGUGAUAGAUUGCAAAUAUUGAAUUUAUCUAAUAAUAAAUUGAAUCGAUUACCUCACGCCCGUGGACCAUCCUCGCACUGUCUAGAACGACUUUAUCUAACAGCGAACUGUCUAACUGAUAAUGUUGCUGAUGUAAUUAUCGCAUUUCGUGGGCUAAAGAUAUUACAUAUUGCGUACAAUUGCUUGACCAAUUUACCUGAUAGCUGCGUUAAUUUCUGGCCUGAAAUUGAGGAACUUGUUUUAUCAGGAAAUUCUUUUUUAAAACUACCAGAAAAUCUACCACAACUAAAUAAUAUCAGAAUUGUACGCGCUCACUCCAACAGAUUGAAAUCAGUUCCCAUGUUUGCUUGCAGUGCAUCUGUAAAAAUUUUAGAUUUCGCACACAAUGAACUGGACAGUAUAGAUUUAAGAUUAUUAGCUCCAAAGCAAUUAAAAUUCCUCGAUAUUUCGUGUAAUAAAAAAUUGCAGAUUGAUCCUUCGCAAUUUCAUGUGUACAGAUGUCAAAGACCUCUCAGUCUUGUUGAUGUUACUGGUAGGAAUUCGUUACCAUAUACGCAAAAAAGUGGUUAUCAUGAAGAACUAAGUGGAUCAGCUCCAUGGACUACAGGUUUCUCAGAAUGCCCUAAUAAAUCCCUUCAGUUAUGUUGCGCUCAAAUUAGAUUACCAUCGUUUUGUAAUAAAGAAGGACUAUUUGCAAUUAUUGAUGGUGAAAAUGACACAGAAGUUCCAAAGAUAUUACAGAAAAAUUUACCUGGGCUUCUACUCGAGGAAAAGUCUAUAAAAGAGACUGUAAGCGAAUACAUGAAAUAUGUUGUGUUAUCCGCACACAGAGAAUUAAAAGAAAAAGGCCAAAAGAAAGGCGCCUGCUUGAUAAUGUGUCAUUUAACACCAAUGUCAUUACCAGAAAAUGGAUUUGGACAAAUGUCUAAGCGAUAUAAUUUGAAACUUGCUAACGUGGGUGAUACUAAGGCUAUAUUGAGUAGACGAAAUGGACCCUUAAAUUUAGGUUUAGGAAAUAAUAAACGUUUAGGGUAUUCAUCUCGUUAUCCUAAUACAAUACCCGACCCUGAUGUGAUUCAAACAGUUAUUAAAGAAGAUGAUGAGUUUUUAAUAAUGGGUAAUGGAAAAUUUUGGAACGCAGUUAGCAUAGAUACUGCAGUAUCUGAAGUGAGAGCUGAACGAAAUCCAGUACUUGCAGCAAAAAGGUUGCAAGAUUUAGCCCAGAGCUACGGUAUAGAAGAUUGCAUUUCAGUUCAGGUUAUACGAUUUGAUACUGCUCGUGCUGAUGUUGAUUUACUAAUGCGAGAGUUAAGACAAACCAUAUGUAGUAAUAAUAAAUCGGUAUGCAGACCUGAUUGCUGCUGCUCAAGGAUAGAGGCAUGUUGUCAUUCUACUACUCCGCCCAAACCAGGUAGUGAUCGAUCAUCACCCAGCGGUCAAAGUGAUCGUCCACCAAGUGAAACAGUGAGUCAUCAACAUUAUUCCAGUGUGCGAUCACAAAAUAGAGCCUCUGAACGGAGAAGUUGCCGUGGAGGAGUAGCUCGUGCAAUACGUGUACGUGUUGAGGAAGACAAAGAAGAUGAUUCAAGAAACGAUGAACUACCGUCGUCGGAUGAACAAUUCAAAUGUUGGGAGUAUAUGUUAGAACAAAACACGCAGAUGUUAUUUGACAAGGAAUUAGACAAUCUUUCGAAGGGAAUAAAAUCAAAUGUUAGCAGUUUACGAAAUGUUAAAGGUUUAUCGGGCAGUAGUCCACAACUUCAUUUAUCUGGCAAGCAACCUAAAGGCGUUCCAUUUUUAUCCAAACAUUUUGGCAGUGCUAGGUCUUUUGGAACAGCGUUAAAACCCGAUUUUCGUUUUGGUUCAGGAAGAUUACCCAAUGGCGGUCCAAAUGCUGCAUAUUUCGGAUCAUUACAACGUUUAAUGCCUUAUCACUUAGAGUAUGAUUUUGCUGUAAUACAGGAAAAGACAGCUCAAUCUCAAGACUCUUUAGAUCUUGAAGGUCGAAUGCAACAGUACUGGGGAGUGGCUACGACUGAAUUAUAAAUACAUGAAAUAAAAUAACCAUUUGUAAAUAAAACUCAAAAUAAUGUAGCAUAUUUAGUGUGUAUAAUUAUUUAUGUAUAAUAUGUACCAUUCAUCUGUCGACUAGAUUUUUUGCACAAAGUAUUUUAAUCACUAUGGACUUAGUUUAUAUUACUUAUAUUUAUCACAUUAAUCUUAUGUACAGUAUUAUAAUAGGUACUA